GAAGGCAAUAGCUGUACGUUGUACUACAGACAGAGCACAGCACAGCACAGCAAAGCAAAGCAAGGCAAAGCGAAGCAAAGCAGAAGCGAUACACACCGAGAGCAGCAGCCAGCACAGCUACAGCUAUACAGCGAUACAGCUAUACAGCUAUACAGGCAGUCAGCCAACACAACUGACUUGAGUUUUUAGUAGAAGAAAAUUUAUAAAGUGAACAAACAAACCAGGCGGCAGUGCGAUACAACACAGUACCACACAGUGCACACAAAAUAUAACCGAGAGUCGAGAGCACUACGGGAGUAUAUUUCGAAUUUGUUGGUUGGUGCUUGGACUUGCAAUUAAAACGCAAAUUUCGCGACAUUUUCGUACGGAACUCCGUGUGUGAGAUAUUCAAUUUCGUUCCGCAAACAACAACAAAAACAACAGCAAAAACAUGAGUGGCGAGCGUCCGAAGCGUCCUCUGUCAGCGUAUAUGCUGUGGCUCAAUGAGAACCGCGAACAGAUCAAAAAGGAUAAUCCCGGCAGUAAGGUCACAGAUAUUGCAAAGCGUGGCGGUGAACUGUGGCGCGGCUUAAAAGACAAGACCGAAUGGGAACAGAAAGCCAUCAAAAUGAAGGAGGAAUACAAUAAGGCGGUGAAGGAUUACGAGGCAAAUGGCGGCACCGAUUCGGGUGCGCCCAAGAAGCGAAAGAAGGUCGCCGCCAAGCCCGCCAAGAAGGCCAAGAAGAAAGAGUCCUCCGAGGAAGAUGAGGAGGAUGAGAGCGAGUAAAUAAUCUAAAGCAAAAUGCUAACGGCAAACCAACGUUCGCAUCAGUUUUAAAAUACAUUUUACUAAUGUAAUUUUUUAAGUGACAUACAAAAACAAAGCAAACAAAAAAUUGAAGAGAAAAAAAUAUUAAAAUACAAACAAAAAAAAAAAAAAAGAAAUAAAAA